AUGCCCAAUAAUGCAGGACCAAGCAGUAGUAAGAGGCGCCUUCUGGCCAGUGUAGCCACUUCGAUAUUGCGAUACGGUGGUCCGGCUUGGACAGCAGCGCUUAAAUUACAACAAAACCGUAGACUGUUGAACAGAACUUACCGGAUGACGGCGAUGAGAGUAGCCAGUGCCUAUAAAACGAUAUCUGCGGAGGUGGUAUGUGUCAUAGCCGGAUUGGUUCCUAUCGAAAUCACUCUGAGCGAAGAUAGUGUGUGCUACAAUCUGAGAACGACAAGCACACAGAGCAAUAGAGAAGCUCGAGUAACAGCAAGAGAUGACGGCGAUGAGAGUAGCCAGUGCCUAUAA